CCGCGGCCAGCUUCAUACCCGGCCCCGCACCCCGCUCUCGCUGUCACCGGGGGCCCGUCGCUCGCGGCUCCUCCGUGCGGCCCGUUUCUGGUGGGGCAAGGGCGUCUCCGCGGCGGCCCGGCUCCCGCGCGCUCAGCACCGCCGGCGGCGGCCAGAUGCAGGCAGAGCGAGGAGCUCGGGGCGGCCGAGGACGCCGACCCGGCCGCGGCCGGUCUAGCGGGGAUCGCGACCGCGAGCGGGCAGGCGCCCCGGCGGCGGUGGCGAGAGGCGGCGGCGGGGAUGGAGGCGGCCGUCGGGGCCGCGGCAGGGGCUUCCGGGGCAGCCGCGGAGGCCGAGGAGGAGGAGGUCCGCGAGGCGGCCGCCGAGAGCCACGAGGUUGGGGCGCCGGGGCCAGUGCGCCGGUCGAAGGUGACAGUGAUGCAGAGACCUAUGGAGAAGAGAAUGAAGAACAGGGAAAUUAUUCUAAAAGGAAGAUAGUUUCUAACUGGGAUCGAUAUCAAGAUACUGAAAAAGAGGUCGAUAAUGAAAGUGGAGAAUCACAGAGGGGGACAGAUUUCAGCACUCUCCUCAGCUCUGCAGGGGACUCCUUCUCACAGUUCCGGUUUGCCGAGGAGAAAGAGUGGGAUAGUGAAGCUUCCUGCCCCAAACAGAAUUCAGCAUUUUAUGUGGACUGUGAGUCAUUGGUUCGAGCCCUUCAAGAACUGCCUCUCUCACUCCGACUCAAUGUUGCUGCUGAAUUGGUCCAGACUGCCCUUCCUUUAGAGCUUCCUCAGGUGAAACCAAAGAGAAAUAACGAUGGCAAGGGACUAGGGAUGCAGUUAAAGGGGCCCUUGGGGCCUGGAGGAAAGGGGUCCAUCUCUGAGCUGAGAUCUGCUGCCGCUGGCUGCCCCAUGUACCUGGGUAAAGACAGCCUAGGACCGGGCCCUUCCAAGGGUUCUCAGAACCCCGCUUCCCCACUGCAGUCGGCAGCAGACGAUUUGGAAGAAGAACUAGAUCUGCUGCUUAAUUUAGAUGCGUCUGUAAAAGAGAGAGGUGACAUCUUAGCAGACCAGACAGCUCAGGACCUGGAAUCUGAGAAAGAUGAGGAGGUGGCCCAAGAAGAAACAGAUCCUGCAAAACCGUCUGCGUUGGAAGGAAAGAACGUGGCAUCUGAGCAACCGAGUAUAUCCAGAAAUGUUACUGAGGAAGAGCUUGAAGAUUGGUUGGACAGCAUGAUUUCCUAAACUCGAUGAAAGAAA